AUGCCGCCGAGCAAAGAAACUGCAAGGCACGAAUGUGUCUCCGAGGAUGCGCUGCAGCACCUCAAGACGUACAAAUACUCGAGCGUGGACAAAUCCUUCAUCUCCCGCUACAUCCUUAAACACUACUGGAAUGGCUUCGUGGAGCUGCUUCCCAUGUGGAUUGCGCCAAACCUUGUCACUUUGCUAGGCUUCUUCUUCAUUAUUGGGAAUAUCGCGUUGUUGGAGCUGUACAUCCCGGAUCUGGUCGGACCGGCACCAUCAUGGGUAUACUACAGUUUCGCGUUUGGUAUGUGGAUGUACUCGACUAUGGACAAUGUCGACGGCAAACAAGCGCGCCGCACUGGAACCUCAAGCCCGCUCGGAGAGCUUUUCGACCAUGGGAUAGACUCUCUGAACUGCACUCUUGCUAGCCUUCUCGAGACUGCCGCUGUUGGGUACGGCUCCACCAAGAUUGGCGCCUUUACUGCCCUUGUGCCGGUGCUGCCUAUGUUCCUCUCCACUUGGGAGACAUAUCACACACACACGCUGUAUCUUGGCUAUUUCAACGGCCCUACAGAGGGACUAAUCCUUGCAUGCACCUUCAUCUGCAUGUCCGGCUAUUUCGGCCCUGAGAUUUGGUCGACUCCUCUGGCGCACUACUUCCCGUCCUACAAAGCAGAGAUCGGCGACGUUACCCUGAAGGAGCUCUGGGUUCCUAUCAUCCUUUUCACGUUCUUCGUUGCCCACGUGCCAGCCUGUCUGGUAAAUGUUGCAAAGGCACGCCGAUCCAGAAAUCAGCCUUUCCUUCCGACCAUCUACGAGUGGACUCCGCUGGUCAUCUUCACUGUAUGCACCAUUGCCUGGCUCGGAUCCCCAUACUCCCACCUGCUCGAAGAGAACCACCUGGUGUUGUAUUGCUUGACCAUGUCCCUGGUCUUUGGGCGCAUGACAACUAAGAUCAUCCUGGCUCAUCUUACCCACCAGCCAUUCCCAUACUGGACAAUCAUGCUCGCGCCCAUGAUUGGAGGCGCUCUACUCGUUAACCACCCAUACUUCACGAUUCCUGGUACAACCUUCGGGCCCCUAUCUGCGGCCACAGAACUGUGGUACCUCCGCGCGUACUUCGUCUUUGCAGCUGUUGUGUACGGCCGAUGGGCUCACCUGGUCAUCACCAGCAUUUGCGAAUACCUCGGCAUCAACUGCUUGACCAUCCCCAAACAGACAAGGGAGAUGAACGCCAAAUCUAAUGGUGUCGUCAAUGGUACCCACCCUGAGAAGGGCCGUACCGAUUGA